AGUACCACUUCCGGUUAGGCUAACGGGGUUCUAGCAUAAUGGCUUCCGCGGUAAGGGUCGCGUCAAGAUCCUUCGCUAAUCGUUCCGGAACCUUCGUCCAGAGCUCAACGACGCAGUUUGUGUUUUCUUCGUCUUCCUUAACACGCAUCCCUCGAGCUUUAAGGGUUUUGUCGGUUGUGAGAAGCGUUGAGUCGUUCAUGCCUCUUCACAGUGCUAUCGCGAACGCUAGGCUCACGUCCAAUAUCGCCCUGGAUUCCUCCUGCUGGAGCUUGCUUUCUCGAGACUUUGCAGUUCCUCGGUGACAAACUAAAGGUUUCCAUCAUAUCAAAUUAUAGUGGGGUUGCCAUAGACUUAAUGUUGCCUCACACCAUACUCCUGGUUUAAUUCCUUUGUGGCUGUCACAUGAAUUGGAGUCCCUUCAUACCACCUUGGAGCAUCAAAAUCCAGUUUGAAAAACAAUGCUGUUCUAUUACUAAUUUAAACCUCCUAUCAAUUUCCUCCAGAUUGUGAUAUAAGGUAACGAUUCCAAAUAUUGCUGAAUAAUCUUUCACCUCCCA